UCAUGAAAACUCCAGCACUGAGUGCAGACAGUCCAUGCACAGAGCACACAGUCCUAUCCUCAUCCUCCGGCUUCUCUCCUUGUGGAUCUAUGGAUGGAUGAUGCUGUCCCCCCCCCUCCCCUCCCCCCACACACCCCCUUUCCUAGGACUUAGCUCUCAGCACAGACUCGGGUAGAAGUAGUGGGCACAGCAGUGCCAUGCCUGCCCUCCGUGCCCCCCGGACCCACUCAUGGGAUGUGGCACCCUGAACCCCACCAUCGGAUCUGCCGGCCACCUGGAAGCGCUGCGGGCUCAGCCCAGAGUCUCCCUGCUGCUGACUAUGAUCUUCCUCUUCACCUUCUUCUUCUACAGCCUGAGCGGCUCUUCCUGUGACCCCCAAUUGUACGGACAGUCGGCUCCGACCCUCCUGGACUAUCAUCAGCCGGAGCUCAGCCCGGGGAGAAUGAACAGGACCCGGGACCUACCGCACAGAACUCUCCCCAGUCACAGCACCUACGGGACCAAGACCUUCCCCCAAGCCAUCAUUGUGGGGGUGAAGAAGGGGGGGACCCGGGCCCUGCUGGAGUUCCUCAGGGUGCACCCCGAUGUCCGGGCGCUGGGCGCUGAACCCCACUUCUUCGACAGGUGCUACGACAAAGGGCUGGAGUGGUACAGAAACUUGAUGCCACGGACAUUAGAGGGACAAAUCACCAUGGAGAAGACCCCAAGUUACUUUGUGACCCUUGAGGCGCCAAAAAGGAUUUACAACAUGUCCAAGGACACCAAGCUCAUUGUGGUGGUCAGGAAUCCGGUGACCAGGGCUAUCUCUGAUUACACACAGACUCUUUCUAAAACUCCAUCGCUUCCGUCCUUCCAAGCUCUGGCCUUUAAAAACACCAGCACGGGCACCAUUGACACUUCCUGGAGUGCCAUAAGAAUUGGCAUCUAUGCUAAGCACUUAGAGAACUGGCUCCAGUACUUCCCUCUCUCCAAAUUCCUUUUUGUCAGCGGAGAGAGACUGGUCAGUGACCCAGCUGGUGAGAUGGAAAGGGUUCAAGACUUUCUGGGGCUAAAGAGGGUGAUAACAGACAAACAUUUCUACUUUAACAAAACCAAGGGCUUUCCAUGUCUGAAAAAACCAGAGGGAAGAGGCAAGCCACGGUGUCUAGGGAAAUCCAAGGGACGGCCACAUCCGGAUAUAGACCAUAGACUCUUGCUACGUCUCCAGGACUUCUAUAGACCGUACAAUAUGAAGUUCUACCAAAUGACUGGCCACGACUUUGGCUGGGACUAAUAUCUUCCGAAAAACUGUUUAUAGCACCCAUAUCUUUUGUAUGCCAGUAUAAAUGGAACUUAUUUCCUUCUUAAAAUUGAAUGUACACAUUUUGUUUCCUAUAUGUACAGGAAAAUUCCUUUAAUACAGCCUUCAUGAGACCAGGCAGAUGUUGUAUUCUCAGAUGUGUUUUAUUUUUGGACUGCUAUGGAAAGGUCAUCGAAACUUUUUUUAAUUUGGAUAGAGUGGGGAAGGUUUGGAAAACCUGUUGGGUUUUUACCGUGUUUCCCCUAAAAUAAGCCCGGGUCUUAUAUUAAUUUUGCCAGCCAAAAACACACUAGGGCUUAUUUUCGGGGUAGGUCUUAUAUGCUGUCUUCUCUCCCCCCUGCCUGUCAGAAAUCCCCUGUGGAAAUUCCUAAAAUUUACAGCACCGCAUAUUGCAUAAUGUGUAUGUCGGCAAUUCAAUUGUGCCACAUACCUUCUUCUAGUGCUGGGCGCAUCUGUAACCCUUUGAAGCUCACUUCCCCUCUUCAAGCACUGCAGAGGGAGAGGGGCCCGACAUCCCUCGCUGACAGCUUGCAGAAGAGCAGAGCAG